CAGUUCCGGUGUGCGGUACUUCCGCUGCCUCUGCGCUGACUCGGCCUUCCGUUGGGCGCCGCGGGGCAGGCACGAUGAAACUCCUGAUUCUCGCCGUGUUUGCCCUGUUUGAUGUGGCCCACUGCGAGGAAGGCGCCAGGCUCCUGGCCUCCAAAUCUCUACUAAACAGAUAUGCGGUGGAGGGCAAGGACUUGACUUUGCAGUACAAUAUCUACAACGUUGGCUCCAGCGCCGCUUUAGAUGUGGAGCUGUCGGAUGAUUCUUUCCCCCCAGAAGAUUUUGGCAUUGUCUCUGGGAUGCUCAACGUCAAGUGGGACAGGAUUGCUCCAGCAAGUAAUGUGUCCCACACUGUGGUUCUGCGGCCUCUCAAAGCUGGUUACUUCAACUUCACCUCUGCUACCAUCACGUACCUGGCACAGGAGGGUGGACAGGUUGUGGUUGGUUUUACUAGUGCUCCUGGGCAGGGAGGAAUCUUGGCUCAGCGCGAGUUUGACAGGAGAUUCUCCCCUCACUUUCUGGACUGGGCAGCUUUUGGUGUGAUGACCCUGCCCUCCAUCGGAAUCCCGCUGCUGCUGUGGUACUCAAGCAAGAGAAAGUAUGAUGCCCCCAAGACCAAAAAGAACUGAGCAAAGUCAAAUCCACCAGCAGCCCAGAGCUCAGGAAAGAACAACUGUUAACUGACCCAGAACAGCAGCUGUGUUGGGAUCAGCAACCGUCACCCCUGCAAAGCGCUGCCUGGGCUACACGUCAGCCCUGUCAGCAAGAGGGAAUCAACGGCUUCAAUACAUCUCAAAAGAGAAAACAAGCAAAAAACCGAAAAUCCCAACCCCUCCCCCCCAGCCAAAUCCCCAUGUCUGCUCAUGUGAGCAGAGACCCCUCACUCCGUUGCAGACAUUGUGCCAGCACAUCUGCGACACAAAUGUGUCAGUGCCCAGAGGAGCUUGUCGGGGGUGCACACAGCUCUGCAGUGUUUCUGGCCUCUGUGCUGCCUUCCAGACUCCAUUCAGCCAAAUGGCUCUUUGCCUGCUGCGGUCUUCUGAAAUGUCUCAAAUCUCGGGGCUUCUCUCUUCCAGGUGCUUCCCACCUUGCCAAAACAUCUGGGAAGGAGCUCUGUCUAGUGACAAAACCAGAUUUUUUUUUUUUUUUGACAGAGGCUUGUUAGAGCUGCUGCUUUGCUAGGUGGGGCAUGGGAGGUCCCUCUGUUGAUGCUUGUUCUCUAGGAAGCCCCGUUGUAUUUUGGUGAGCAGUUAAUUGCCGUGUUUCUGUUCUUUCUAGUUGCUCUGUUAAGGGUUGAGGUGUGUUGAGGUACUGAAGAUUUUGUAAUAAAAUAAACACCGUGAAAGCA